AUGAGGUGGAAUAACAACACCUCAGGGUUUGUCCUUAGGAGGAUGUCCCAGAUAAUCUCUGAUGGCAGUAGGACUGACAAGUGCUUCAAGGAUAAGGAUGUCAACUUUGUGGCUGAGGCACUUAGGGAGUAUAGUGGUGAAGCUGUCAGCCCCACUCAAGUGUACAAUCACUUGAGGAAGUGGAGGCAGAAGUGGGCUAGGGACCACUCUAAGGAUGCUGAAUUCCUUAACACCCCUAUCAAGUUCUACACUGAGAUGGAGACCAUAUUUAGUAGUUCUAUGGCCACAGGUAGGUUUUCCCUAGGUUCCAGUGAGCCACUUGGGGUGAACCAAGCUGACAAUGUUGCUGGUAAGAUAGAGGGCCAUGGCUUCGCCACUGCUGCUGAUGUCAAAACCAGCACUGAGAUGGGUGAGGGCAGCAAGGCAACUGACCUGCUCACUUCCACUGUUGGGGCAAAGAGAAAGAGGGCAAACUUUAGUGAGGAUGAGAUGCUCAUGAUGACUAACAUGAUAGAUGCUGUCAACAAUGUGGCCAAUGCACUUAGAGAGACUGGGCCUGCGCAUGUGGAUCUUACAGUCAUGUCGAUGCAGGGCUUUACUUAUGAAGCUCUCAUUGUUGCCUACACAUACAUGCUGGAAAACAAGGCCCUUGGCAGGGGCUUUGUGAACAUGGCAGACAACCAUAGGAACAUUUGGCUGAGGAACUACCUUGCCAAAAACUACUAUAUGUAG